ACGAGCAAAGCGUUUGCAUCGCAUGUUUCCACUAUGAGUGUGUCUGGACCAGCUAAUGUACAGUACGGUCACGUGACGGAUAACAAGCUAAGCCGUAAAUCGCUUUUAGGAAGAACCGCGAGUCCAUAAGAGAAUUUUCCUGCUGCAACACACACGAAAUUAUAGUUGGUUGAGAUGGACGUGUCUGGCCACAGUCUGUUCCUUCUGCAGCAGUUGAACGUCCAAAGGGAGUUUGGCUUUCUGUGUGACUGCACUGUUGCCAUUGGUAACGUAUACUUCAAGGCUCAUCGUGCAGUCCUUGCUGCCUUCUCAAACUACUUCAAAAUGAUCUUCAUCCACCAGUCCAGUGAGUGCAUUAAGAUCCAGCCUACAGAUAUUCAACCAGAUGUCUUCAGCUACCUUUUACACAUCAUGUACACAGGCAUGGGUCCCAAACAACCCGUAGACCAGGGCAGACUUCAAGAAGGUAUCAAGUUCCUCCAUGCAUACCAGCUCUGCCACAAAACAGGUGAGGGUGGCCCUGAUGCAUCCUCUGAACCCCUCCGUAUGUCCAACCUGUAUGGCAUCCAGAUAUCUUCACAGUUGGCCAGUAAAGAGAACUCGGGCAUGAAGGCUGGUGGUUCACGGGACCCUGAGGAUGGCCGCUCCAGCACUAGGGCUGAUCGCACACAUGGCCGUUUAGCUCUCGCAGUAGGGCUGGAGGGCAUUACAUCUGAACGACAGCCUCAAAGCUUCCGCGCCGCAUCCUCAGUGGCCUCGGGGGAUGACUCUGACAUUUCGGCACGGAUAAAACAGGAAAGAGCAGAGGAGGAAGAACAAGAAGGUGACAAAGAGCCUUGCUCUCUCUCCCCAGCUCAGGUGAGCCCCUGUCAAGCAGGUCUAUUUAAAGAUGGCCCUCUAGCGCUUUUAUGCCCUCGGUGCGGUGAACGCUGUCUGUCACCUGAAGGCCUACAAGAGCACCUAUUUACCCACGCAGCCUGUGCCCUCGAGCCUAGUGGUCUAAUGGAAGGCCCUUCAGAAGACAAAACCAGGGAGCACAAGUCCCUAGAGGAGAGGCCUCCUCACAAUGAGCGCAUAGACUCUGGCAGUCUGGAGGAGGCCUUACGGCAGAGUCAGGCCCUGGCAGAUGAGCUUGCCGUGGAACUCAGACGAGGUGGUGGGACUGGAUGGAGCGGCAGCCCGUUGGCAGCCUUCACACGAAAACGAAAGAUGGCCUGUGCCGUCUGCAACCUUCGCUUCUCGCAGAAGAGCCAGCUGCAGGAGCACAUGUUCGCACAUGUGGGCAAGCCACUGCGAUACCAUCGCUACAGCCGCUUCUGCGGGCAGCUGCUCCAUGGCUGUGAGGGCCAGCCAGAUAUUACCACAACCACAGGAGAGGAGGCAGCCAAGGACACUCAGGAUAACGGCAGCUCCUGCUACUCACUGGACUCUGAGGUCUCUCAGGAGAGUGUGGACGCAGUGACUGUGGAAUGAUGUAGUGUUUGACAUAUAUUCAUGCAAACACACAAUGACUGUUAAAGGAAUAUCUGGAUUUAGUACAAGUUAAGCUCAGUCAACAACAUUUGUUGAUUACAACAAAAAUUAAUUUCCACCUGUCCCUCCUUUUCUUUUUCUUUAAAAAAAGAGCAAAAAUAUGUUACAGUGAGGCAUUUACAGUAGGAGUGAAUGGGCAUAAUCCAUACAUGUAAAAAAACUCACUGGUUUAAUAAGACAUAAACAAAAUAUGUUAACAUGAUUUUAAUUUGGGGAAAAAAUAUCUUACCUUUUCUGUGUAAAGUUGUAUCUAAUUUUACAAAUUCCAUGACAUAAAGCAUAAAGCCUAUGGUGUGGAACUUCAGUUUUUACACAUAAGCUGGAGUAUGCGUACAGUGCUUGUGAGUGUGACAUACAUCAUUUUUAACAGAAUAAUGUAUAUGUUUUUUAAAGAAUCAUGUUUCUGCUUUUAAUUCCUCCAGAAUUGGUCCCCAUUCUAUUACAUUCCAGUAUGCCUCGCGGUUUUUUCUUGUCAAAAU